GCAGGGACUCAUGUUCUCAGGAUCAGUGUCGAUCGAGUAAUGGAGUGACGAUGCACACAUCACACAUGCAUGGAGACGGUAUUUAUACAAGGACAAGGAGCCAAGAAGCCUUCGUGCUCACAGCAUACCUUUCAUGGUAUAUAGCUAGUGGCGUACUGCGCUCGCUACCACUCAACACUCCAAAAUGCCGACACUUUCGGCGUUCUUGGUCCUCUUUCUCCCGCUGCUGCUUUCCGCGGCUGGUGCCACAGAGCUUACCGGUGGCGGCGGCGGCUUCGGCUUCAAGGCCACGCUGACGCACGUCGACGCGGACGCCGGGUACACGGAGGAGCAGCUGCUGGCCCGCGCGGUGCGCCGCAGCAGAGCCCGCGUGGCCACGCUGCAGUCGCUCGCGACGUUGGCGCCUGGGGACGCGAUCACCGCGGCGCGCAUCCUGGUGCUCGCCAGCGACGGUGAGUACCUGAUGGAGAUGGGGAUCGGCACGCCGGCGCGGUUCUACUCGGCCAUCCUCGACACCGGCAGCGACCUCAUCUGGACGCAGUGCGCGCCGUGCCUGCUCUGCGUCGACCAGCCCACGCCCUACUUCGACCCGGCGAAUUCGUCCACGUACAGGUCGCUCGGCUGCUCGGCCCCGGCCUGCAACGCCCUCUACUACCCGCUCUGCUACCAGAAAACAUGCGUCUACCAGUACUUCUACGGCGACAGCGCCAGCACCGCCGGCGUCCUCGCCAACGAGACGUUCACGUUCGGUACCAACGACACCCGGGUCACCUUGCCCAGAAUCUCUUUCGGGUGCGGCAACCUAAACGCCGGCUCGCUCGCCAACGGCUCCGGCAUGGUCGGCUUCGGCCGGGGGUCUCUGUCGCUGGUCAGCCAGCUGGGCUCCCCCAGGUUCUCCUACUGCCUCACCUCGUUCCUGUCGCCGGUGCGCAGCCGGCUCUACUUCGGCGCGUACGCCACGCUGAACAGCACCAACGCGAGCACGGUGCAGUCCACGCCGUUCAUCAUCAACCCGGCGCUGCCGACCAUGUACUUUCUGAACAUGACGGGCAUCAGCGUCGGCGGCAACCGGCUGCCCAUCGACCCAGCAGUGUUGGCCAUCAACGACACGGACGGCACGGGCGGGACCAUCAUCGACUCCGGCACGACGAUCACAUACCUCGCGGAGCCGGCGUACUACGCUGUCCGCGAGGCCUUCGUGCUGUAUCUGAAUAGUACGCUGCCCUUGCUGGACGUUACGGAGACGUCGGUUCUGGACACGUGCUUCCAGUGGCCGCCGCCGCCGCGCCAGUCGGUGACGCUGCCGCAGCUCGUGCUCCACUUCGACGGGGCGGACUGGGAGCUCCCUCUGCAGAACUACAUGCUGGUGGAUCCCAGCACGGGGGGCUUGUGCCUGGCCAUGGCGACGUCCUCCGACGGCUCCAUCAUCGGCAGCUACCAGCACCAGAACUUCAACGUGCUCUACGACCUUGAGAACAGCCUCCUGUCCUUCGUCCCAGCACCGUGCAAUCUAAUGUAGCUGUAACUUGAGUUUUCAUGUACGGUUAUUAUUUCGUUUCCGAUCCGUCGCUAUUUAUGCACAGAUGUGUUCUUAGGAUUGGUGCAUGGUAGGGCUUUUAACUAUAGGUCGGUGAUCUGUAUCAGUAAAGCAGAUUUGGUUCAUGUAUUGCUGUCUUCUCAACACAUCUGAUGAUUAAUAAGAAAAU